AUGUCAUACUGUGUGCGACUGAGAUUAAAAAAAGAGAUGCCUGAAGAGAAGGAGACCAGUCAAAGCAAAAAGGGAAUUUUAUAUCGGAACUUGUUGGGAAGCGUAAACGCCAGCUUGUACUCCCAGCAGCUCUUCCCCUCCUCGGUCGACUGGAAGAGUUUUACCAACCCUUUCUCCUUGUUCUCCGUCAAGUGGGUAAACGUCGCCUUGAGGUCAUCCCCACUUCGUGACGUCGAGGAGGAAUGUGACGAUCUUUCCGGCCAUAACGGACACCGUCACAUCAGUUUGAGACAUGACGCGAUCGAUGGCGGCCUUGAAGUCCUUCCAGUCGAAAUGUUUCUUAUCGGUCGUGUCGUCGAAUUUCAUGCAACGGCGGGGGAACUUGAUGAAACCUAUGCUGAUGGGUACAAGACUCUCGGGCAGCUUGGAAAAUCGGUCAAAGGCGAGCUCGGCUAUAUAAGGAUGUCGCUUAGUAGGAAUUCAAAGGAGAAAGAAGCCUGA